AUGGUGCUCACCAGGGCGGAAAAGGCAAAAAACGAUGAGCAAAUCAUCAACACGGCGAUCACUUGGGAAAUUUUAGAGUACGAUAUGCAAAAAGCGUUCGGAAGUCUAGCGAAAAUCGGUGAGAAACGAAGCGCUCAAUUGAUGGCUGACGGGAAUGGUUAUCUUUCAUACAUCGCUUUGGUUGUUUUUGAUUGGACGACUGAUCGAGAUCUUCUACCCGAGAAAGCCGUGCUAAAGAUCACCUCUUGCGACAAAAUGGAGAUUCUGAUCAAGGAGGUGCCGGGAUUUGAGAUGGAUAAUGUCAGAGAAAAAUGCGCUGCGGCCAGCGACAAUGAGCUGAAAUUCUACGAAAAUGCCUUUAAAACGCUGAAAUUUUCCAACGAGCUCCGCGUGCCGCAAUUCUUUUGUGGACGAGAUUUUGGCAUUGAUGGAGUGGAAGCGGGCUAUUUCGCCAUUGAGCACUUUGACAACGUGGAGAAUCGCCAUUUCUACAAUAACAUCCAAGAGUCGGCCGUUUUAGAGAUUAUUCGACAAUUAGUCAUCAUUCAUACGCAUUCCUACAAUCAUCCGGAAAUGAUGGGGAAAAUGGACGGGAAUGUGUACGAACAACUCUAUGGCGAUUUCGCCGAUAUAAAGAAAAUGGAGAAAGCGAUCCACGAGGCGGGCACAACGUAUCCAGAGCUGAAAGAGAAAUUGGAAAAGCUCAAAUCCCAGCUGAAGCACUUUACGAAUUGGGAGACCUAUCAGAAGAAGCUGCAUGAAUCGUGUGAG